CUGAGGUAUAGAUCGAGCUUGUACUAAUUUGCGCGGGAAAAAUUUUUAGUCCAGGCUUACAAAGUAAAAGUGUUGUAAUCUUUUGUUACUUUAAUUUAUAAUAAAUCAGUGAAAACGUCUAGUAAAAUCAUUGGCAAUGUCUAGUCCCAUGAAACCACCAGCGACUCCGAAAGCUAAAAAUGACAAAAAUCCAGGGCAUGGUACACCAACAGCUCAACCCGGAACUCCUAAUUCUACGAAUAUUUCUAACUCACAAAAUACUCCCAAUAAACAGGGCGUAGCUUCAACUCCUCAAAGAUGGGGAAGUCGAAGGACACAAGAAACAAUCACAGCAUCAUCUGAAGGACCUUCAUCUUCACGCCCUGCAACAUCUCCAUACAGAAUUCAAACAAGUCCCAUUGCCGGUGGUGCUGGUGAAAUAGAUCUUUCUUCACCAUUGAAUUAUGGAACACCAAGCUCCCUUAGCUCCAUCAGAACUCCUCGAAGUGGAAUUCGAGGAACUCCUAUUCGACAAAGGCCAGAUAUUAGAACUGAUAAGCGAUUACGUGAAGUAAAUUUAGCUGAACCAAUUAUUGAAGAAGAAAAUGGACAAAAGAGUUCAGAAAGUGAAUCAGCUGGCCCACAAUUAGUCAUUUGGGGUACAAAUGUUGUAGUAAAUCGAUGCAAAGAGCAAUUCAAGCAUUUUAUUUUACGUUUUAUUGACCCUGAAGCUGAAAAUGAUGAAUUACCAGAUUCAUUGAUUCUCACAGAGCCAUUAUAUCUUCAAAAAUUAGAAGAAAUUCAUACUUUAGAAGAGCCUUAUUUGAACAUAAACUGUGCACAUUUAGAAAAUUUUGAUGCGCAAUUGUAUCAACAAUUAAUUUGUUAUCCUCAAGAAGUUAUUCCUACAAUGGAUAUGGCUGCCAAUGAAAUGUUUUUUGAAAAAUAUCCCGCUGCUGUUUUAGAUCAUCAAAUUCAGGUGCGACCAUUUAAUGUACAAAAGACAAAAAAUAUGCGGUUAUUAAAUCCUGAGGAUAUAGAUCAACUUAUCACGAUUUCUGGAAUGGUAAUAAGGACAUCAAAUAUUAUUCCCGAAAUGCGAGAAGCUUUUUUCAAGUGCAUUAUAUGUUCAUUUUCAACUGUAGUUGAAGUUGAUAAAGGCAGAAUAGCUGAACCUACUGUUUGUACCCAUUGUAAUAAUAACUACUGCUUUACUCUCAUUCAUAAUCGCAGUCACUUCUCGGAUAAACAAAUGAUCAAACUUCAAGAGUCUCCAGAUGAUAUGGCAGCAGGCCAAACGCCUCAUACUGUUGUUUGCUUUGCUCAUAAUGAUUUGGUAGACUCUGUACUUCCUGGUGAUCGUGUUGCUGUCACUGGUAUUUACAGAGCUAUUCCAAUUCAAGUCAAUCCUAGAAUGUCUAAUGUUAGAUCAAUUUAUAAAACACAUAUCGAUGUUGUACACUUUAGGAAACAGGACUCAAAAAGAUUAUAUGAGCAAGAAGAAGGAAAAGAUCAUGCAUUUCCACUAGACAGGUUAAAAAUUUUAGAGAAAUUAUCACAGUUAGAUGAUGUUUAUGAGAGAUUGGCUCGUUGUAUAGCACCAAGUAUUUAUGAAAAUGAAGACAUCAAGAAAGGAAUACUUCUUCAGCUGUUUGGUGGUACCAAAAAAACUCAUGUAACAUCAGGAAGAAGUCACUAUAGAUCAGAAAUUAAUAUUUUAUUAUGUGGUGACCCUGGUACAAGUAAAUCUCAACUUUUACAGUUUGUUUUCAAUUUAGUACCUCGUUCACAAUAUAGUAGUGGAAAAGGUUCUAGUGCUGUUGGCUUGACUGCUUAUGUAACAAAAGAUCCAGAAACACGUCAAUUAGUGCUCCAAACUGGAGCUUUAGUUCUUGCUGACAACGGUAUUUGUUGUAUUGAUGAAUUCGAUAAGAUGAACGAUAGUACUCGCUCAGUUUUACAUGAAGUCAUGGAACAGCAGACAUUGAGUAUUGCCAAAGCAGGAAUUAUCUGUCAAUUAAAUGCAAGAACGAGUAUUUUAGCGGCUGCCAAUCCAUGUGAAUCACAGUGGAAUAAAAAUAAAACAGUAAUUGAAAAUGUAAUGCUACCUCAUACAUUAAUGUCACGUUUUGAUCUUAUUUUUUUGAUGUUGGAUCCUCAAAGUGAACAUUUUGAUCGCAAAUUAGCUAAACAUUUGGUUAGUUUAUAUUACAAAGAUGAGCCAGAACAAGAGGAUGAUCUUUUUGACUUGAGUGUUUUAAGAGACUACAUAGCAUUUGCAAAAGAACAUAUAAAACCAACAUUGAGUGAAGAAGCUCAGCAGCGACUUGUUCAGGCUUAUGUUGAUAUGCGAAGAGUUGGUAGUGGUAGAGGGCAAAUUACAGCGUAUCCAAGGCAAUUGGAGUCACUUAUCAGAUUAUCUGAAGCUCAUGCCAAAGUGAGGUUUAGCCAAGUUGUUGAAAUUCAAGAUGUUGAGGAGGCUUGCAGGCUACAUCGAGAAGCUCUUAAACAAUCAGCGAUUGAUCCUUUGAGUGGAAAAAUUGAUGUCAGUAUUCUUACAACAGGUAUUUCUGCUGCGGCGCGUAAACGAAGAAAUGAAUUAACAGAUGCAUUGAGAAAAUUAAUAGAGAGCAAAGGAAAGGUUCCUACGCUCAAUUAUCAGAAGAUCUUUACAGAGCUCAAGGAAUCUAUGCAAGUGUUGGUUACUCGCGAUAUGUUUGAAGAUUCUUUAAAAGAUCUUCAAGAUAAUGGUGUCAUCAUUGUCGUUGGUAGAAAUACUAUUCGUAUAUGCUAAAUUCACUUAUCCUGGAUUACUCAAAUGAUUUUAAUUUUUCAUUUGUUUAUUAUACUUAAUAAAUUA